AUGAAAGUGGGAGAUUUCCUUUCCCUUUUGGAUCACAAAAAUGUGCAUCACAACAACCCUUUUCAUGACCUAAUACCUGGGACUUUGAAUGCAAAUCAGAGACCCAUUUUUCAGGUACUCACCACAGAGCUCCUGUGUGGGGCUGCUCUAACACCACUGUUUGUGCUGUGCAAAGGCACAGGGCAAGAAGAUGGACACUUCAAAUUCAAGAAGAGCAGUGAAGAAAAGGGCAAGAAGAUGGACAAAGAAGAGAAACUCUUUAGAGAGACAUUCAUGUACCACAAGGAGAUCCGUGUGCUGGCCAGGGCCAGCGCCGGCUGCUCGGUGGCCAGCCAGCGGCGCGCCGACCUCCCGCUCACAGCUGGGGAACAGCUGGAUGUCAUCGAGGCCGUGCAGGGCCACGCCGUCAUCUGCCGCAACGCCCAGGGCAGAUAUGGGUACGUUCUGCUGGAGCACUUGAACUUCAGGUAA